GCGCUAUAAACCCCCGCUGUAAGGAAGCUCCCGCUAGUGGCAGGCGGAGAAUCGUGGGGAGUGGGAGCCUGAUGCUGACAGAUUGUGAAUGCCCUUCCUGACUUGCAUAGUUCUCUGAACCACCUAUCAAUGAGGAUAUCUGGAAUGGCUUCCUUUAAGCAGCAGAGAGUGGAGGACUUUUAUGAAAUUGGAGAAGAACUGGGAAGUGGCCAGUUUGCUAUCGUGAAGAAAUGCUGCGAGAAAAGCUCUGGACUUGAAUAUGCGGCGAAGUUUAUUAAGAAACGGCAGGUUCGAGCCAGUCGGAGAGGAGUGAGACGUGAGGAAAUUGAACGGGAGGUGAACAUCCUACAGCAGAUCCAGCAUUCCAACAUUAUCACCUUACAUGACGUUUAUGAGAAUAAAACAGAUGUGGUCCUCAUUCUGGAACUGGUAUCUGGAGGAGAACUGUUUGACUUCUUGGCUCAGAAAGAAUCUCUGAGUGAAGAAGAAGCAACUGCAUUUAUUAAACAAAUCUUGGACGGAGUGAACUAUCUCCAUUCCAAAAACAUCGCACACUUUGAUCUCAAGCCAGAAAACAUUAUGCUUCUCGACAAGGUACCUGUGCCACAUAUCAAGUUGAUAGACUUUGGCCUCGCUCACACAAUUAAGGAUGGAGUUGAAUUUAAAAACAUAUUCGGAACCCCUGAAUUUGUCGCUCCAGAAAUUGUGAAUUAUGAGCCUCUUGGACUUCCUGCAGAUAUGUGGAGCAUAGGAGUCAUUACCUAUAUACUGUUAAGUGGUGCUUCCCCUUUCCUCGGUGACACGAAGCAAGAAACCCUUGCCAACAUCUCCGCAAUGAAUUAUGACUUUGAUGAAGAAUUCUUUAGCCACACCAGUGAACUGGCAAAGGACUUCAUUAAAAAGCUUCUGGUGAAAGAUACCAGGAAAAGGCUAAGCAUUAAAGAAGCUCUUUCACACCCAUGGAUAAUGUCUCAUCAAAAGAAAGUACAGAGAAACAAGGAGAGCAAGAAACAGCAUCACAGGCAGCUGAAGACCAAACGUCUGAAAGAAUACACCAUCAAAUCCCACUCGAGCAUGCCACCCAAUAACACGUAUGUGAACUUUGAAAGAUUUGCCAAAGUGGUAGAGGACCUCUCUGUGAUGGAGACGACCUUCAGUGGGCUUACUUCAUCACACGAUUCUCUUCAGGAAGAUAUUGAUGCAUUGAUUUCAAUCUAUAAUGAAAAGGAAUCCUGGUACAAGGAAGAAAAUGAAAGUGUCCGACAUGAUCUUUCCCAGAUUAGGUACGAGUAUCGUAAAGCUGAAUCCAAGAAGAAGCAGCUCCAAGAUGAAAUAAAAGGUGUGAAUAACAUGCUGAAUAUAGUCAAUGCAAAAUAUGAUGAACUAAAAUCCCAUUUUGAAUCUCUGAGCCAAGAGAUCUCUGCUGAAUUGAAAUGGGUCCAGGAAGUAAUCGCCUCUUUUCAGACUGAAUAUAUGAAUGAAGGAUACCUGGAUGGAAACUUUGCUUCUGUCUUCAACAAAGAUCUGAAUGAAACCCUAAAGGAUCUGUUAAGUGGCACAUGCAAUGGAAAACUUAUUGCCAGCCUAACAGCAUCAGAGCCAAGUCGUUAAAGUUAACUAAAAGAAGUCUGAUGACACCAGGUCCAUAUAUGAUGUUAAGACAUAGGAAAAUUUUAACAUUUUGCUCAGACCAUCCUGGAGAAAGAAAACAGUUUGAAGCAAAUGUAUUUCAAUUAAAACAAAGUACUCAGGAUGCUGGAGAUCUGAAAUAAGAACAGAAAGUGCUGGAGAAACUCAGAAGGUCUGACGGUAUUUGUGGAGAGAGAAACAGAGCUGAUAUUUCAAACCCAA